AUGGGGUGUUCAGACUAUGUUGUACUUAUGAAAGAGCCUCAAAAAUUCAUUAGUGCGUUUGAGAGAGUUAUUCACUUGGGAAAUGUUAGGAGAAGCAAUAGGAAGAUAGUCUUUUUACCAUAUGAUGCGAAUUCAAUCGACGCCAACUUAGCCUCGAAAACGUUUUCUUUGAAAGGAAGUGCUUUUGUUGCGAACAUAUUAAUGGUUGCGUAUUCUAACAAGAGUGAUCAAGCAUGUGUGCAAUUUGACAUGAUUACUCAUACCUUUGUUGGUACUGAUGAUCAAGUGCAUACACCAUUGUACUUAGAUCGAUGGAAUACUUGUACUAAACAGUUCGAAAAACAAACGAAUCUAUUUCCACAUGAUAUGAAGAAUUUGCAUGGCAAAACAUUAAAAGUGGCUUCUUUCAACUAUAAACCUUACGCUUUGGUAAACUUGGAUACCGCUGUCGAACCCCUUGGGAGAGAUGGCAUUGAAAUUAGGAUAGUUAAUGAAUUUUGUAGGUUGAUAAACUGCACGAUUGAAAUAAUACAAGAAGAAGUCGAUCAAUGGGGCGAAGUUUAUGAAAAUGAAACUGAUGGAGUUGGUAUCAUUGGUAGUGUUGUGGCAGAUCGCGCUGAUAUGGCAUUAGCUGGACUUUGCUCUUGGUAUGAAGAAUGGAGAGUACUAGACUUUUCGGCUUCAGUAUCUCUCUUUGAAUCUGGUGUAUCUUGGAAGGUACGGAGGGUUACCGGAUGGCUUCUGAUACUUGGAUCAAUUCUUAGUUGCGUGUAUGGCGUUGGUCUUGCAGCCACAUUUACUGUGCCCACAUAUGAACCGUCAAUUGAUACCAUUCAAGACAUUGUGGAUAGACGUAUGAUAUGGGGUGCUACCCAUGACGCCUGGAUAUUCUCACUCACUUCAUCUACAGAACCUUUAGUUAAACAGCUUGUGAGUCAAUUCAGAACCUAUUCAUUUGAUGAAUUAAAAGCAUUAAGUUUUACAAGAAGUAUAGCCUUUGGUAUUGAGAAAUUACCAGCCGGUAACUUUGCCAUUCAAGAAUAUUUAACAAAAGAAGCUGUUUUAGAUAUGAUGGUUAUGUUGGAAGACUUUUAUCACGAACAAGUUGUAAUAAUGAUGCGAAAGAGUUCACCUUACACAGAAAAAAUCAGCCAAUUGGUCGGUAGACUUCAUCAGUCUGGCUUACUUCUGGCUUGGGAGACACAAGUAGCAUUAAAACAUCUAAACUACAAAGUGCAGUUAGAAGUAAGGCUAUCUCGAUUAAAAAACGGAGGCGUUAUGAAAGCCCUUAACGCUAGUAAUGUUGUGGGUAUUUACAUGAUGUACCUGAUAGGAGUUGUUCUUUCUACUUCUAUUUUUAUAGGAGAACAUAUAUUGCAUCACCGGAAGAUAAGAAAAGAACCUUUUUUACUUACGACAUCCGCUGAGUUUGUUUGGAAACAUCACAAUAAUGAAGAAUUGCCUGUGGUUCUAGAAGAUGUGCAUAGAAAAUGUCCUAAUAUAACGCGGGUAUAUGCUUUAACUGAACCAUCUGUUUGUGGUGUCCCUUUAUAUGUUAUAGAAUUUUCAGAAAAACCUGGUAUUCAUCAACCAUAUAUACCUGAAGUAAAGUAUGUGGGAAAUAUACACGGAAACGAAGUACUGGGACGUGAAUUACUAUUGGGGUUGGCUCAUUAUUUAUGCGAUCAGUUUAUUAAUAAUAAUCGUGAAAUUCGGGCUUUAAUUCACUCUACUCGGAUCCAUCUGUUACCUUCUAUGAAUCCUGAUGGUUGGCAAGCAUCUACAGACACAGGUGGACUAGAUUAUUUAAUUGGCCGUACAAAUAAUCACUCAGUAGAUUUGAACAGGAAUUUCCCAGAUUUGGAUGCUAUUACAUUUGAAUUUGAACGUCAAGGAAUUAAUCACAAUAAUCAUUUGCUGAAGGAUUUAACACGGCUUGCAGCACCGUUGGAACCGGAAACACGAGCUGUUAUGCGUUGGAUCAUGUCAGUACCAUUUGCGUUGAGUGCUGCGAUGCACGGAGGUGAUCUUGUGGCAAACUAUCCUUAUGAUGAAAGUCGAAGUGGAGCACCAGCCUCUGAAUAUUCAGCUAGUCCUGAUGAUGAUACUUUCAGGGAAAUAGCCAUGACAUAUGCUGAGAAUCAUGCUGAUAUGGCAUCAUCCCAUCGUCGAGGUUGUCACACUACCAGUGCAGAUGAUUCUGAGACAUACAAUUUUGGUAAACAGGGAGGUGUAACAAAUGGUGCUGCUUGGUACAGCCUUAAGGGAGGUAUGCAAGACUUUAACUAUUUAGCUACAAACGCAUUUGAGAUAACUCUUGAACUUGGCUGUGAGAAAUAUCCCCCUCAACAUGACCUGGAGAAGGAAUGGGAAAGAAACCGUGACGCGUUGAUAGCGUACUUGUGGAAGGGACAUAUUGGCAUCAAGGGAUUAGUGACCGACGAUUCUGGAUUUAUUCAAAAUGCAAUAAUUUCGGUCGUUAAUAUUACUGGGCCUGUGCCACGACCAAUUCGUCACGACGUCACCACAGGAUCAUAUGGAGACUAUUACCGCUUGCUCACCCCGGGCCACUACGAAGUCACAGCCAGUCACCCCGGUUACUUCCCGGUAUCACGGAUAGUCACCGUUCCAAGGCGUCAAAAUGUAGCUCAUGUAGUCAACUUCAAACUUGAGCCCACGACGAGUUGGUUCGAUGACGAAACUACAUUAGGUAUCUACCCUCACGGACUGCGCGAAGGUCAACCCCGGAUUUACAAGCGAUCUCUAUACGAACGAGUAGCCAAUUCCAUGCUAGAACGUAAAGACACAGCCAAGCAAUAA